AUGGGAAAACCGCCGAACCUCUACGCCUUCAAAAGCGCCGACGAGCUCGCCCCAAGCUUGCGCACGUACAUCCUUGACGCGCAAAACACCGCCAUCGAGCGCCACAAUGUUUUUCGCGUCGCCGUGUCAGGAGGCUCUCUGCCGAAAACUCUGGCGCAGGCGCUUCUGAAGGAGACAAACGGCGACGGGAAGCCUCAGUUCGACAAGUGGGAGAUCUUCUACGCCGACGAGCGCGCCGUGCCCCUCGACCACGAAGACAGCAAUCACAGGCUUGUGAAGCAGGAGCUCCUGGACAACAUCCCGGCCGAGCUGGGCACGCCCAAGGUCUAUCCCAUCGACACAAAGUACCUUGACGACGUUCAGGAGCUGGCCGACCAGUACGAGAAGACGCUUGUCAGCGUCUUUGCUGCCCGAGACAGCGUCAAGCUGCCUCUCUUCGAUCUGCUUCUGCUUGGCUGCGGCCCGGACGGCCACACCUGCAGCCUGUUCCCUGGCUCUGAUCUUCUGCGCGAGGAAGACGCCUGGGUAUUGUACAUCUCCGAUUCACCGAAGCCCCCACCCAAACGUAUCACAAUCUCUCUUCCUGUCGCACAAGCUGGACUCAAGAUCGCCUUUGUAGCGACAGGUGCCGGCAAGAAAGACAUCAUGAAGCAGAUUUUUGAUUCCGACGAGGGACAAUCGCUGCCGUGCGGCCUGGUCAACCACAAGGGCGAAGGGCGAGUCAGUUGGUUCGUUGACUACCCCGCCAUUGAGGGCGUAGGCUUCCCUGCUCGCCGUGGUAGCCUCUAG